GAUGAGGACAGGCGGCGGCAUCCCAUCCUCCAGCAAAACACCGCACACGCUCACCUGAGCAAGGACAUGCAGCUUUACACUGUUGUUUUCUGUUUCAUUCAGGGAUAAAUAUCUGUCACCUGUUCAAUUCGUUCAAUUGGGGCAUCAUUUUACAUUUGUGGAGGAGUUCUGACUCAGACUCUCAGUUUCUUGAUGGCAAGUGGGCUGGGUGAUAGUGAUGUGCGCCUGACAUGGCCGUGGCUGCUCCACCGACCUCCUCCCAGGGACCGGUAUGGCUUUUAGCCGCCUCCACCAGCAGCUGGACCCCCCGCCGGCCCGAGGCGGCCCCGGGAGAGCGGCGGUCAUGCUGUGCUCCCUGCUCGGCUCCGUGCUGCUGCUGCAGCUGCUGGGCGGCCGCUGCAGCUCACCUGCCCCGGUGCGGGAGGAGCUGAGGACCAAGAGGCUGGUGGACACGGGCUCCGUGUCCGGCUCCGUGCCCGGCUCCGGCUCCUCCGGGGCGGGAGCCGGCAUCUCCGCCGGAGAGGAGCGCCCCUCCGGCGGCGCGCGGCUCCCGGAGGAGCCGGUCCUCCUAUUCCCCAGGAAGGUGUCGCCCCGGCUGAGGCUGAGCCCGCUCGGGGACGGCAGCCAGAAGCUGCCCCGGGCUCUGAUCGUCGGGGUGAAGAAGGGGGGGACCCGGGCUCUGCUGGAGUUCCUGCGGGUUCACCCGGACAUCCGCGCCGUGGGCGCAGAGCCGCACUUCUUCGACCGCAACUACGACAACGGCCUGGAGUGGUACAGGGAGCUGAUGCCGAAGACCCUGGAGGGCCAGAUCACCAUGGAGAAAACCCCCAGCUACUUUGUGACCAGGGAGGCUCCGGCCAGGAUCUCGGCCAUGUCCAGGGACACCAAGCUGAUCGUGGUAGUGAGGGACCCCGUCACCCGAGCCAUCUCAGACUACACACAGACGCUUUCUAAGAAGCCCGACAUUCCCUCUUUCGAGAGCCUCACCUUCAAAAACAGGACUACGGGGCUCAUCGACACGUCGUGGAGCGCCAUCCAGAUCGGCAUCUACGCCAAGCACCUGGACAACUGGCUGCAGUACUUCCCCAUGGAGCAGAUCCUGUUUGUGAGCGGCGAGCGGCUGAUCAGCGACCCGGCCGGAGAGCUGGGCCGCGUGCAGGACUUCCUGGGCCUGAAGAGGAUCAUCACGGACAAACACUUCUACUUCAACCAGACCAAGGGCUUCCCGUGCCUCAAGAAGGCCGAGGGCAGCAGCAAGCCGCACUGCCUGGGGAAAACCAAAGGACGCACCCACCCCAACAUCCACCCGGAGGUGGUGCAGAGGCUCCGGGACUUCUACCGGCCCUUCAACAUGAAGUUCUACCAGAUGACCGGGCGCUUUUUCGGCUGGGAUGACUGAAAUUCUUCUUGUCUUGAGGGGACUGAGACGAACUCCAUGGAACAUGAAUCUUAGAUUUGGGGAAUAAGAUUGUAUUGAUAUUAGAAUAAAGGAAAAAUUUAUAUUUUGGCAAAAAAAAGUUAUAAAUGAACCUCAAACAUAUAUAAACACACCUACCCACAUUAUACCGUAACUCAUCUAAUCUAGAUCAUUUCAUAUUUACCGUGUUGUAUUCUAGACAUGUAAAAUACAACAUUGUAAAGACAAACAGCCUUAUUAUCAUUUUCCCUAAAUUAUUACAAUUUUACUCUUUUUCCUCUUUUUCUAUUUUUUGUAUUUUCAACUUUGAGUAGAAAGGUAUAAUAAUAAUAACAUAUAAUAGCCUAAUGAUAAUGAUUAUUAUUAUUAUUAUUAUAAUAAUGAUGAUGAUAAUAAGAAAGGUCCAGUGCUAUGCUUAUAAAAUUGCCACCUUUUACUCAGACUUUGCUCCAUCGGCUCCAUCUGCUCCAUCGGCUCCAUCCUCAGUACCAUGUGUGACCAGUAGGAGAGGGAAAAGGGUUUUCUGGGAGUGGCCGCUGAGAUACGCGGCGCUCCCCUGUUCCCUUUUGCCGUCAACAGAGCUUUUUCUAAUCUACUCUAAUGGAGCUUUUCUUUCUUUAUUUGUACUUUAUCCACUUUUAAAUUCUGCUCUUGAAAGAUUUGCAUCAUAUCCGGGAAGAAAGGGCCGUUUUCUUCCCCCCUCAGUUUGAAAUUCCUCAGAUGUGAAGCAGAGAUUGUUUUAUACGACGUUUCUUUAAACAAAUGAGUGAAAUCAGACUGUGCUGGAGUCUUUCGCAGAGAUCGUUGCUGAGUGAGUUAAUGCCAUAUUUGAAACUUAAAUAGCUGCUUUUACAUUUUAACAUUUCUAGCAGGAAUUCUAAAAGAAUCAAAUAUAUGUAUUUUUGAAAUGUAUUUAUUCAGAAAGUGCUCAAGCAGGGUGUUUGUACUUGGAAUUACUCUCAGCGAUGUGUUUGCUGUUUUGCUGUUAUUUUCCUCGUGUCUCUGGAGGUUUGUCUUACGCUGUACAUUAAAACACGCCGGAUCCAGAGGCUCAUAUAUACUCACUUCACAGGGCGGAUGUGCCGUGGGAAAACUUCCCUUCGCCGUCCGUUCCAGACGUGUGCGUUUGUUAUUUCAAGGGUUGUUUCCCCACCUUCAGUUAACGAAGCUAAUGUCAAAUAUAGCUCUCACUGUUAUUUAAGCAACAUCAACUCUGGUGGAGGGAAAAAAAACCUCCAGAAAAAGGAUUUUUCUCCAGACCGUGACUCAGAUGUCCUGGACAUGCUUCCCAUGGAGCUGAGCGCUCCAUGUUGCUUAGAGGCGAAGUGUGUGUGGAGGUCUGUUUUAAAGACGACAGCUCAGUUGUGUUCCUAAGUUUCUAACGGCUUGUAGUGCGAGUCCUCUGGAGGAGGACGUGCCUGAGACGACAGGCGAUCAGCAGGGUGUCUGGCGUCGGAGGAGAGGGUGACAGUUUGUGACCAGUCCAACUCUGCUGUUUGGAUCGCUUUUUAAGGCACUCCUUGAAUAAAAAACAUCCUAAGUGAACA